ACCCGGGGGUACAGCUACAGCAUUUCCAGAGCUGGAGGCUGGAGCAGAGCAAACAGUCUACAGUUGCAGGCAGCGUUUCCCUCCUCCUAUAAAAUAAAAGGCACCUCCCCGCCGCUCCCGUCGCCGUUUCUCUUCAUUUCUCGACCAAGAAGAAGCCGCCUCGCCCCGUCCACGGUCCAUCCAUCAAGGUCGAGGAGGCCGGCGGCCCGCCAUGGACUGCCAGCAAGCUGCGACCAACGGCGGCCACCACGACGACGGCGACGCCGCCGAGUGGAAGCAGGUCGCCGAGCUGAGGGCCGUCACCGAGGCGCAGGACCCUGCCUGCAAGGAUGAGGACGACUACAUGCUGCGGCGGUUCCUUCGCGCCCGCGACCACCACAUCGGCAAGGCGUCGGCGAUGCUGCUCAAGUACCUCAAGUGGAAGCCGACGGCCAAGCCCCACGGCUGCAUCUCCGAGUCGGAGGUGGCGCACGAGCUCUCCCAGGGGAAGCUGUACCUGCAGGGCCACGACCGGCAGGGGCGGCCCAUGAUCUACGGCUUCGGCGCCCGGCACCACCCGUCCAACCGCGACCUCGACGAGUUCAAGCGCUUCGUCGUCCACGUGCUGGACGCCACCGUCGCCAGGCUGCCCCCCGGGGCCGGGCAGGAGAAGUUCGCCGCCGUCGCCGACCUCAAGGGCUGGGGCUACUCCAACUGCGACAUCCGGGCCUACCUCGCCGCGCUGGAGAUCAUGCAGAACUACUACCCGGAGCGCCUCGGCCGGGUGUUCCUCAUCCACGUGCCCUACGUCUUCAUGGCGGCCUGGAAGAUCGUCUACCCCUUCAUCGACGACAACACCAAGAAGAAGUUCGUCUUCGUCGCCGACAAGGACCUCCACAGGACGCUCCGGGAGGCCAUCGACGACGCGCAGCUGCCGGAGAUGUACGGCGGAAAGCUCAAGCUCGCCUCGCCAAGUAAUUAAUUAAGUGGUCACUACUCACAAGUGCAUAUACUAGCUGAUGAUCGCCGGCCGGUGAUGGUACGGUUCAGCAGAUGGAGAGACGAGGACCGUGUGCAUCGGUGCAUGUAUUAUUGGAGGAUGGUACGAAUGUACGAUACAGUCUCCAGAGGUAUAUAGUACGUGUAUACGUACACCACGUUUAACUCGCACGUACGUACGGUUUUAGACACAAAUUAAAUCGAUCGAGUGUUUGACAGACCGGAUGACAGUAUGACACUAUCUAUGGCAGUUAGCAUCUAGGGCGUACUUACUAGAUAAAUUAUCAGUAACUUGUUCCCCCGUUUCUUUGGCUGACUACAUGCACUCUGUAAUAAUGGACUGCACAAGGACAAGGCACAGAAAGACGUAUAUAUGGUUUCUGUAUCCUAUACCAAAUUAUCAAUAUAAUGCAUGUAUUUGUAUCAAUGCAAUAAGGUUAA